AUGCAUGACAACCAGCCACCUAACAAUCGACAAAAACCUGGCUUUGCUACAAGUUUUCUGUACAAACUGACUGAAUUGGCUGCUUACACUUCUGCCGUUGCUUCUGAAGCAUAUAAAACGAUAACUGGCCCACCAGAGAAGCAGCAAGGUAGCCCACAUCACGAAUAUCCGGAAUAUUAUGGUGAUGUGAUGCAGAUUAGGGCUGCGGCAGAAGAAGACAGCGAAAUUAUGAAUGUCGACAAGAGAAAUGUUUGGGAUGCUGUUAAUAACGUUGAUGAAGAAGAACCUCCGCCGCCAUAUGAUAAUUCCUGGAGAAUGCCUUCCCCCUCAACUCAAAAUCUACCGUCCACAAUGGAUGCCUCUUCUCCGUCAAGAGUUCAGUUCAAUACUCCCCAACCACAGUCCCGCCGUCGACAAAUUCGCAUUUGUCGUGGGAAUCGCCGUCCUCUUCGACGAAAGUCGUCUUCUCAAGACCUUCGUGAUAAUACGACCAAGUUUGACGACGAAGAUGAUCUGUUUUCAAAAUUCAGUGGCAAGCUCGCAGACAUGGUUGCGGAAGGUAAAGCAGCAUUGACUAGUACAGUUGACGUGACAGAAGUCGAAAUGAUGAUGGCCGAAGAACGAGAACGAGAAGAAAAGAUUAGGCGAGAUUUGGGAAUACAGGCACCGAUAUCUCGGAGACGACGGACAGGCAGUUCGAGUAGUGACGGAGAUUACUUUUCAGCUGCGCACUAUGAUAAUACGUACGGCUCUCCAAACUCAGUUUCAGAUUAUAACUAUUCUUCGCUUACUUCUUCGCCAAUAUCAUACACAUCCAGCGGGUUUUCUGGGUUGAAUAGUAGUUCGCCGGCAUCUGCGUACUCUGCAUAUUCAAAUUCCUAUUCAUCUUCACCGGGAAAAUUUGAUCGAAUAGCGGGGAGUAGCUUGGGAAGCCGUUCAUAUUCGAGCAGCACUGGAGCUUAUGGAGAGCUGACGUAUGGGGAAUCAAGACAAUACAUCGAGUGA